CCAUCAUCCAACUCUUUAUUAGCCAUCAUCGCGAACCAACCCGUAUUAAGUCUUUACUUCUACCACAUUAAUCGUCGCAUUAUUUCUCAACACACCAAUUCCGCCUCUAUUUUCUAUUUCUAUUAUUGUGACAAUAAGAAGCCCAAAUCAACCCAAAAUAGACAUCGAAAUGCAGCAAUCCCCACCUCCUCUCCCGGCAGACAACGAGCCGAAAUACGGCGGCUUCAGUCGCUUCGAGGUUGAGCUCGAGUUCGUCCAAUCCCUUGCGAACCCCUUCUACCUAAACCACCUCGCAUCCCAGAAGCUCCUGAACGAACCAGCCUUCGUCGCAUACCUCAGCUACCUCCGAUACUGGACCCGCCCGCCCUACAUCAAGUACCUCAUCUAUCCGGGCCCGACCCUGAAGCACCUCGAGCUGCUCCAAGAAGAGCGCUUCCGACAAGAUAUCAUCAGCCCCGAGUUGGUGUAUGCGCUGGCUGCCGAGGGAGCUAAAGCGGCCGUGGACUGGCACAAGGAAUAAGUAGGGGGAGAACGAAUUUACUUAGGCUGGUAGUAUCAUAGGGGCUACACGUGCUGAGUUGGGUUGAUAUUAUAUCAAGACAUAAUGUAGGUAAAAGCAGU